AGUUUUUAUACGCGGUCAUUUGGCUUUGAGUGGUAUCGAUGGCAGUUCCAGUAGCUGCAUUACAACUGAGCUCAUCAUCCAGCCCGGGUCUGCUGGAGCACAACAUUCAUAUCAACGACAGAAAUUUGGAAGGAAUUUCUAAGAACAAUGAACAUGACACUCUGCCUUUACAUUCUCCGUGGACUUUCUGGCUUGACAGAUCUCUACCAGGAACAACAGCAGCUGAAUGUGAGUCAAACCUGAAGAAAAUCUACACUGUGGAAACGGUCCAGAACUUCUGGAGAGUUUACAACAACAUACCUGGCGUCUCCAGCCUGCCGCUGAGAUGGAGCUAUCAUCUGAUGAGAGGAGAAAGAAAACCACUCUGGGAAGAAGAAAGCAAUGCUAAAGGUGGCGUGUGGAAAAUGAAAGUACCCAAAGAAUGCACUUCUGCUGUGUGGAAGGAGUUGCUUUUGGCUACUAUUGGAGAACAGUUCAGUGACUAUUGUGCUCCAGAGGAUGAAGUAGUUGGAGUCAGCGUUAGUGUAAGAGACAGAGAAGAUGUGGUUCAGGUCUGGAACGGAAACGCUUCUUGUGUUAACGAGUCGAACGUCUUAGGAAGGAUCAACGAGCUCCUUCCAGAAAUCCCUUUUAAAGCAGUGUUUUAUAAACCCCAUGAGGAGCACCAUGCUUUUGAAGGAGGUAGAUCAAGACAUUAGCAACUUUGAGCACUUUUGCUUUGUUUUUCUGUUUUGUUUUUGAACACGUUUUUGGGGGUAAAAUACUGGGGCAAAUUUAGAAGCAUUUGAGUUUUGUGUAUCAUCUUAAUUACCUCGAUGUAGUUUUAAGUAUUACUCCUCAAAGGUGAGGAAAUUUCACAUCUUUUGAGCACUACUGUCUACAUGAGAAAAUGUAAUUCAUUUAGUCACAAGUGAAAAACUUAAAUAGAUUAAUUAUAUCUAGAGCAGUGUUUGUAUGUUUUUGUUUUUGUUUUUUUCUACUGCACAGUUUUACAAAAUUGUAACCAAAACAUUAGAUUGUUUAGAUGUAUUCUGGCUUACUUUGUGCAGUUUACCAAGCACAGAAAAAGCUAGCUCUUUGAACAAAAUCUUGUUUUUUUUGGAUUUAUAAGGAUGCAAAGUAUCACAAACCUUUAUAUUAACAACACAUUACACAGCUUUUGUAGCCAGCUAUUUUCUCUUUUUUGUAAAUUACAGUCAAAAUAAUGUUGUCUAGUUAGGACAAGAUAAAUAUUUAGUGUGCUGUAAGGCCAAUAUUUGAGCAUAAAUUGCACAUUCUUUUUUUUAUUUUCCUGUGUAGAAAAUGUGGAAGGUGAGAGGAAUAUAUUAGUGUUAUAAUAAAAUGACCUUGGUGCACAAGACACCUUGAAGAGAUGCUGAGAAAUAUAUGCAAUAAUUUCUAUUAUGUAGAAAAUUUGCUGUGUUGUAGCUGACAUUUUUAUUUAAGCCUCUGCUCUAUAUCAAGCACUUUGUACUGUGUGUGUGUGUGUGUGUGUGUGUGUGUGUGUGUGUGUGUGUGUGUGUGUGUGUGUGUGUGUGUGUGUGUGUGUGUGUGUAUAAGACAUCUGAUAGUCCCUCUUACAGCAUAUGGAGUUGUGAUACCUGAGACCAAAUACACUCUGGUUUUGUGUCACCUUUUCUGAUUAAGUGCAAUGCUGUUUUUAUGUAUUCUUUUAAAUUUGACACACAUCACGUAAAAAAAUAUAUAAAACUGGCCUCAGGAAAAAUGACCAAUAAAUACACAACACGCAGAAAUCUGCCACAAGGGCACAAAAAAAGCUGUUGCUGUUUUUGAUUCAAUUGAAAUUUAUUUAUGAAGUGAUGUUUUCAUGGCAGCAAUGCCAAAACUGCAUGAGUUUAUUUCUGCUUAACUAAAUGUUUUAGUUUCUCUAAAAUCCAUAGCUUCACCGUGUUAAUCCCCUGUGGUGUCAUAUGUGUAAAGCGAUAUUUGUAGAAUUUAAAAUCGGCCAUGUUCGGGGAAAUGUUAAAAUUCAUGUCAUUUACAUCUCACCAAAGGCGCCUUUUCAGCAGAGCUGUUUAAGUACUGAUACUGUUGUACUAAGACAAUUCAUUUCAUUUCUACAGAAAUAUAAAAUAUGUAUUGACACCCACAGAAAGAUUGCUGCUGUCAUUUAUCAAAUGUUGAAGUAUUUGUUAUGCUGGCUCAGCCUGAAUUCUGUGCUGAAAUGAAAAGGAGUUACUUUUCUAAUAAGACACUUGCCAGAAUUGCUUUAUUUACCCUGUAUUUUUCAGUUUAUGUAGUAAUGUUAAAAGCACAUACUGUAGGAUAAGAGAAUAACAAUAGCGUUUUCUUGCACAUGUACAGUUGACUGAUCACUUCAGAUCUCAGACUGUAAGUGAUUGUUGAUCUUGGAUGGUGCCUUGUGUUCAUCAGCAGUUUACAAUGUUAAAGUCCUCUGUAUUCAGCAUGUUGAAAUUGUAUGUUUCUCCAUUAGUUUUACACAUGGUAAAGAAAAAUAAAGAUAUGUAAACGUC